CACCCUCUAUGUUUUGGUCCUGAAUUCUCUCUGCUUGUGUGUGUGAUUUACUACGCGCAGCACUGAACGCAGUAGCCUAGAUAUUUUUCCAUCGCAAAAUCUAGCCAUUUCUUAGCCAAUUGUCAACCUGCUUGAAAGCCUACUCCCUUUCAUAAUUAUUGGGAUUAAAAUUAUUGCAGCAAUCAGACUAGUUCUGACUGCCUACGUACAGUGAUUCUCGGGCAUUCCCCGUCAUGACCUAGCCCGCCCCUCUGGUUGAAUGGAUGGGAAACCUCAUUAGUUCGACCAUAGAUUGUCUGCUGUGAACGUCGUCUGUAAUCUGUUAUCAUUUUUGGGUUUACUUCGAUGACGGAUCUGUGUUUUCUGUCGUUACAUUCGAUGAACUAUUGUCCGUCUGGUAAAUAAACGAGCAACGCAAUACACUGGUACGCGUUAGGGCUUAGGCCAUGGGGGGAACCAAGAGCAAGCCCAAAGACGCAGGCCUUCGGACACGGAGUCUUGAUGGUAACAUCAGUUUAGGAGGAGGGGGUGGCAGCUACAACAUCAGCCCCGCCCAGCACACCCUCACGCCCAAUCUGAGUCCAGCAGUGGGCGGAACACGCCGGUCCACUCAGCCGUUGAUCAAUACCCCGGAGCUGGCACUGUUUGGGGGAGUGGAGUCCGCCAAUAGUGUCACGUCUCCUAACAGAGGGACACUUGCAGGAGGUGUGACGACGUUCAUGGCGCUGUAUGACUACGAGUCUCGCACUGCCUCCGAUCUGUCUUUCAGGAAGGGGGAACGGCUACAAAUAGUGAACAACAUGAGAAAGUUGAACAGCAGAGAAGGGGACUGGUGGCUGGCUCGCUCUCUGACCACUGGAGAAAGUGGUUACAUCCCCAGCAAUUAUGUGGCUCCUUCCGACUCCAUCCAGGCAGAAGAGUGGUAUUUUGGGAAGAUCACACGUCGCGACUCGGAGAGGCUCCUCUUGAGUUUGGACAACAGGAGAGGGACGUUCCUGGUGAGAGAGAGUGAGACCACCAAAGGUGCCUACUGUCUGUCAGUCCUGGACUAUGACAACACUAAAGGACUGAAUGUGAAACACUACAAGAUUAGAAAGCUGGACAGUGGAGGCUUCUACAUCACCUCACGCACUCAGUUUAACAACAUACAUCAGCUGGUCACACACUACCACAAGCAUGCAGACGGACUGUGCCACUGUCUGACGGAGGUAUGUCCCGUACUAAAGCCUCAGACCCAGGGGCUGGCCCGCGAUGCCUGGGAGAUCCCCAGGGACUCUCUAUGCCUCGACCUCAAACUGGGACAGGGAUGCUUCGGAGAGGUCUGGAUGGGCACGUGGAACGGGACAACGCGGGUAGCGGUCAAGACCCUGAAGACAGGUACCAUGUCCCCCGAGGCAUUCCUUAUGGAGGCCCAGGUCAUGAAGAAGCUGAGACAUGAAAAACUGGUCCAGCUGUACGCCGUGGUGUCUGAAGAACCUAUCUAUAUUGUCACGGAGUACAUGGGACAAGGAAGCUUGUUGGACUUCCUGAAGGGAGACAUGGGCAAGAUGCUCCGCCUUCCUCAGCUGGUUGACAUGGCCUCACAGAUUGCCUCAGGAAUGGCGUAUGUAGAGAGGAUGAACUACGUCCACAGAGACCUCAGGGCUGCCAACAUUCUAGUGGGAGACAACUUGGUUUGUAAAGUGGCUGACUUUGGACUGGCCCGUCUCAUAGAGGACAAUGAGUACACUGCCAGGCAGGGAGCAAAGUUCCCCAUCAAGUGGACGGCUCCUGAAGCCGCGCUGUAUGGCCGCUUCACCAUCAAAUCAGACGUCUGGUCAUUCGGGGUCUUACUGACAGAACUGGCCACCAAGGGGAGAGUACCAUAUCCAGGCAUGGUGAAUCGGGAGGUGCUGGACCAGGUGGAACGUGGUUACAGGAUGCCUUGUCCUGCUGAGUGCCCUGACUCCCUCCAUGACCUCAUGCUCACCUGCUGGAGGAAGGACGCUGAGGAGAGGCCCACAUUCGAGUACCUGCAGGGCUUCCUGGAAGACUACUUUACCUCCACUGAGCCACAGUACCAGCCCGGGGAGAACCUUUAGUCGAGAACCUGAGGUACUAUAGGGCUCAUGUUGGAAGGGGAGAGGGGAACGGUGCUUUGGAUACAGCCAGACCGACCUCUGUUGCACCUGGAACUGAACUCCCAAUGACCACACACCUACUCCUGACCUAUAUUAUAAUUAUUCAAUGUGACAACAUCGUUAUUUUGUUACUUGAUUGAUGUUGAUAUCCUUCUGAUUUUGAAAAGGACAGCACUAAUCUACUGGUUUAUUUUGAGUUCAUCUACAUUCAUACCUGUCAGUUACUGUGUGCUCCUGUUGACAUUGUGCGGUAGCUCCACCCCCCCCCUUCAUUUAUCAUUGGACAUGAGUAGCAACCAACUGUAUGGACCAAUUCAGUGCAUCUCUUUAGAGGUACACCCUUGGAGAUCUAAAGAAAUAACAGAUUUCUCAUAUCCCUAUUGGUUCCUCUCUACAAUGAGAUUCCAUGUUUUAAGGAUGGGUUCUUGUUCUGGUAUGUCUUCCAAUCUAUUCCCACAGACUGCUUGAGAAGCAACUCUGAGGGGUACUGUUGUCAGGAUAUCGCUUUAUGUUUUUGAUCAAAUUUGUUCUAAAACCUGGAAUAUUUGGUAUUAUAAUCAGGCCACAGUUAUUUCAGAUGAACAUUUCCCCUCUACAUUGUGGCCAUUCUUGGCAGCUUGAGGUGCUGUUUGUAGUUGACCGAGGUGGGCGGAACUUUCACUACGCAGACACUUCCAUGAAACAAAUUAGAAUUGCUAUGCAUGGAAUACCCCUCCCCAGGCACUCUUAAAGAAGAUGAGAGGAGAAUAUUGUUUGUUAUUUUUCAUUUUAUAUUCACAGCGUUUCUAGAAGAAGACUUAAAAAAGACUACUGACGAUCACUCAGUCUCCUCUCAGGAAGGGGACCAUGAAUCCUGCUGCAAUGUUUUUGUGCCAAUGCUGUAAAUUACUAUUUUCUACUCUCUUCAUUGUUUUAAAGUUUUUUUUUUUUCUUACUACAAAGUUCAAUAAGCGUUGCCCUGUAAUUAUACACACUAUUUGUAAAUCAUUCCCAAACGUGUGUUUUGAAUAAUACCAUCCAUCUGAAUAAUACCAUCCAUCUGAAUAAUACCAUCCAUCUGAAUAAUACCAUCCAUCUGAAUAAUACCAUCCAUCUGAAUAAUACCAUCCAUCUGAAUAAUACCAUCCAUCUGAAUAAUACCAUCCAUCUGAAUAAUACCAUCCAUCUGAAUAAUACCAUCCAUCUGAAUAAUACCAUCCAUCUGAAUAAUACCAUCCAUCUGAAUAAUACCAUCCAUCUGAAUAAUACCAUCCAUCUGAAUAAUACCAUCCAUAUUCCAUCAAAUAUCUAAGGCAUGUAUUUUAAGGCUUUGGUUGUUCAAACAUUCAGAUUAAAACUCCAUCAAUGUUC